AUGUUGCUGAUCCACCAAGCUGGCAGUGUCAAGGUGGGAGAAGUGGUGCGAUUCACCUUGACGUACACACCGAGCAACGAUCGUAUCCUACCCAGUCCGUCGCACUUGCACCUGAAGAUCAAGAACACUUCGGCCAUCCCUCUGCGCGCCGCUUACCUCCAUGGCCCAUACAACCUGCACGUCGCGGCAUACCCAGCCUCCUUCAACCCAAAUCACAAAGUCGAGGACCCGCAAAAGGAGGGAGUGCCGGACUUUGAGCCACUACUCAAAGCAGGUUCGAGCUGGACGACCAAGCUGACCGUUCCCGAGGACAUCCGAGAGACUGGAAACACAUUUGCAUCCGGUCGUCAAAACCGCCAUUCGCAAGAUGUCGAUCGGAACGACAGCAAGAAAGAGCCGCCGAGUGUCACAUGGAUCAUCGAGAUCGCCUCACAAAUCCUGUUCUCCAACACGGCUGCAGUGCAUUUCGAGCUUUUGGUCGGUCGAGACGAGAGAAGCUUAGACCUUGGAUUUGCCGCCGUCGCUGGCCAUGGCCACGGCACCCCCGGCCAGAUUCACGAUCAGCAGAAAGACAGACGGAGGGGGUCGCACUCUGGCCAGCAAAAAGGUGUAUAUUCGCGCGCUGUCAAGCUUGUCGUCGAAGACACUCAGGCCCUGUGGGACAAGCCUGCUCUUCCUACCAACGACAAACAUAAACAUGCCCGUUCCUCAAAAGAGUCGGUUCGCAAGUCUAGAGAUACAAGGACUAGCACCGAAGAGACCAGAGACACGCCUCCGAAAAAGAAGAAGAAGAUACAUCUCGUGGUCCUUACACAUGGUCUGCAUAGCAACAUUGGCGCCGACAUGCUUUACAUGAAAGAGAGCAUAGACGCUACCGUCAGGCAGGCGAGAAUCGACGCGAGGAACAGGAAAGCUGCUUAUAAGAAGUCACAACAAGAAUCUGCUCUAUCGACGGAACAGCCUGGUCAGUCUUUCGAAGAUAAGCCGAACGAAGAUGCCACGACUGCACCUCUUUCAGGAGGCCAAGAGGAUCUCGAAGACGACGGCGAUGAUGACGAAGAGCAAGUGAUUGUGCGUGGUUUUAGCGGGAACGCCAUCAAGACCGAGAAAGGCAUCCAGUAUCUCGGAAAGCGUCUUGCAAAAUAUGUGUUGAACUUUACCUACCCCGAUCAACCUUUUCAGCCGAUCAAGAAGUCCAUGACAAGAUCUUUCACGGAUCAGUUCAAAUCUCAGGCUACCAAGGUCGCCAGAGACGGCGAGCCUGCGCAUCAAGGAAGUAGCAUUCACCAUGAUGACAGCCAGGCCGACGAACUUCCCUAUACCUUUACAAGUAUAAGCUUCAUUGGCCAUAGUCUUGGUGGUCUGAUUCAGACAUAUGCUGUGGCUUACAUUCAGAAGCAUGCGCCGCACUUCUUUGAGCAGAUCCAGCCGACGAACUUCAUCUGUAUGGCUUCCCCUAUGCUAGGACUGAGUAACGAAAAUCCUAUGUACGUGAAAUUUGCCCUCGAUUUUGGUCUCGUUGGACGUACAGGACAAGAUCUCGGAUUGACUUGGCGGGCUCCGAACAUUGCGAAGAGUGGUUGGAACGCUAUGAUGGGAGGAUUUGGAGCCGGCUCGAAAGAAGAGCAUCAAGAAGACCCAGGAGCGAAGCCGCUGUUACGCAUUCUUCCUACCGGCCCUGCUCACACCGUUCUACGCAUGUUCCGUAACAGAACUGUAUAUUCGAACGUCGUCAACGAUGGUAUCGUACCGCUGCGGACUAGUUGUCUGUUGUUCCUCGAUUGGGGUGGCCUUGGUAAAGUAGACAAAGCACGUCGCGACAACGGUCUGAUAGGUACAUUGGCUGAGUUCGGAUGGGCUGAGCUUACCGGUGCCAACGCACUCCCCAAAGCGCUUAAGAACUCUGCUAUGGGAAGUGCUGUCGGCAAUGAUGAUGAAGGCUCUGGUGCCGAUACUCCCACUCCGCUGGGCAGACAAGGCAACGACGUCCCUCAGCCACCCAGCGAGGCGACCACAAACGACAAUAGAGACUCGACUACGGCUGCUAAAGAACCUGGCACAAAUCAGUUCUUGAGAGCUCAAGACCAUGCGAGUGAGGAAUCUUCAGCAAGUCCGGAAACACAAAGUGGUGGACUCCUGAGCGGAUUCUUCAGCUAUUUCCGACCUACACCUGUGCGCCAAUCAUCAAAAACAACCAAGGCUGUGCGUCGUGGCCAGACCAUCGACGUCAAGGCUAGUGCGGAGUCUGAAGACGACAAGCUUGAUCAAGAUGUGCCUCAAAGAGUUCGCCGGAACAGCAGAGGUACAACCGACAAUCCAACCAUGAGGCCAAGCAAGCGUCCGGUAGCCACUCGUGGAGGAUCGAUGAACACUAACCCCGAUGCACAAGCACCGCCAAGCACAUCUAUCUUCGAGGCAGCCAGCGAUAUCCUACAUCCCCCUAUUCCAUCGACUUCUUGGCUUAUCGACCCGGCAUCUCGCGACCGCACUAUUUUCCAUGACAGAAUCUACCAUCCCGAAGACAUUCCGCCGCCUCCGAUGAAGCGUCCCAGUAGGCUUGGACGCUCUUUCUCUACGGACUCUGCGUCAUUCAGCACAUCUCAAUCUCGUGAUGAUGCGUCUUCGAUCGAUAUGGGGAACAUGAAGGUUGAGGAGAAGAUUGCACGAGCAUACCACAAAGAUCUAUCUUGGCGAAAGGUGUUGGUGCGUCUGGAGCCUGAUGCACACAACAACAUGAUUGUACGAAGAAUGUUUGCAAACGCGUAUGGCUGGCCUGUGGUCAAGCAUCUCUGCGACACACACUUCGGAGAUACUUUCACAGCCACCACCAGAGAUGAGGACGAACCAGCUAUCGAUCGUGCCAAAGAUUACUCGCAAGCCGAUCAUGAAGCUGGUGAAGAGGUCAAAGGACAAAACGAGCUCAAGCCUCUCCAAAGAAGUGCAUCGGACAUGCGUGAAGAUCGCGACGAACUAAAGCCACUUCAGGAGAGUGCUAGUGGUGCUGUCAAGCACAAGCUUAACCCUCAAGGCUCUGCAGUAUGGGACGAUAUCUACUUCGAGGGCAGCGAUGAUGAUGACGACGAAGAUGAGGGUUAUGCAGCCAAGGUCCAAAGAUUCCUCAACUUCAACCAAGGCGAGGGCGAAGGCGCGACUUGGGUAGGAGGGGGCGGCGCAACGAAGAAACAAGGCUCAGACAGCACAAUUCGUCCUACGAAGAAGCGUUCGUCGACUGAGGUUCAUCGUGGUCUAGGUCCUACAAGAAGCCACGAACCAUACUCUCCUCGUCUGUCCACUUCUUCAAACAACGGCCCUACGCUAUCGCCUAGCUCGGCCAGUGGAGAGUUCACCGGCAAGGUGUUGACUCAAGAGCCGCCUAGCAUGGCCGCUGGUGAGAGUAUCGUGGGUAGUCCAAAGAAAGGUGUUGCCGGGUUGGGCUUACAGAAGAACAUUGAAGAAGCCGUGUCGCAGCCUAUCGCGAGUGCUGGUAGUGAGGCAAGUGUGAGCGAGCAGGUCGCGCGGAAAGCAAAUAGACCUUCGUAG